AUGGGCAGACCCAAAAAACGGUCUCGAACUGAAGGACCAAGCACCACCGCAUCGAGCACGAAUGGCAUGCACGCUGACGCUUCGACCGAAGAUCAACACACUGGCUUGCAAAGCUUCGACACUGCAACCCAUUAUGGGUCCUUUGAAUCAGCUUGGACACCGGGCGGUAGCCUACAACCGUGGCUCCAAAGCGCAGACGACUGGAAUAAUGACUUUGCUGGGAACAUGGGCGUUCCCGCGCUCACUCCGGAUAGCUCUACACAUUCACCGUCCUUGGCUAUGCCCCCUGAACUUGGUUCCCAACACAGCACUGGCUUCGGCUAUGGCCAGAUGUUCGGACAUCACGAUACCAGCACAAGCAUGCUAGUCGACCCAACACUCGCCAGGAACCCUGUCACCAUAAGCAGCACUAGCAACUCCGGGAUGCCACAAUACAACAUGCAGAGUUGUGCUUGUUUGAGCACCAUGUAUCUGACUUUGACCUCGCGACAGUCUAUGGACACUAGCUUCACCUUUCCAUUCAGCUUGCAUCCACUCCGAGAAGCCAUGCAAGCUGCAGCUACGGUCCUGAGCUGCGAGGAGUGUCCGAUGCGCUGCAUCUCAGCAAUUCAGAACACACAGCUCCUCGGCACACUCCUCAUGUCCAUCGCAGAGCGGUUCUCAAAGCUUCUCGACCACAUCUCCAGCGAAAGCGUACGCGCCACACUCGCGGGCGAGACCAAGAAGUUCCGACUCGCAGAUCUCAACACCAGCAUUUCGCAUCUCCAUGCCGGAGGACUAGGUUGCCAGGCAGCAUUCUCUGUCAACUUGAGUCCGGAAGAGUGGCGCAGCAUGUGCAAGAAAGUGGUUCGGGCGGAAGUUCACGGCCCUUCUGAUGUCAAUGACUGCUGUCCAUAUCUGUUGGGCCUUGCUACGCAAUUGGAAGAGCGGCAGAAUCGGUGGCACGCGGGACCUCCCCCGGAGGAUUUCCCACAUAAUAUGCAAGCGAGACCUGUCGGACAAUCCGUGAUCACGCCAAAGGAGGACCGACUCUGUUUGAAAAUGGUGCAUUAUUCGCAGAAGUUGGCUGAGGGGCUUGAUUUCAGCUGA